CAGCUAUUCCAAACCUUCCAUAGCAUUCAAGCUUUCAUCAACCCAAAAACCCAACACAAAAGAAAACCUAAAAACAAAUCAAAAUCCACAGAGAGCGCUCAAAAACCAGAGAUGGGCAACAGUCUAAGGUGCUGUUUGGCUUGCGUACUACCAUGUGGAGCCCUAGACUUGAUCCGGAUCGUCCAUUUGAAUGGCUACGUAGAAGAAAUCUCACAUCCAGUUACAGCCGGCGAGAUCUUAGAAGCAAACCCUAAUCACCUUCUCAGCAAACCCAGCUGCCAAGGGGUCGUGCGCAAAAUUUUGAUCCUCUCGUCGGAAUCGGAGCUCAAGCGAGGCAGCAUCUAUUUCUUGAUUCCGUCUUCUUCUGUGCCGGAGAAGAAGAAGAAGAGUAAGAGCAGCGGCAAUAAGAAACCCUCAAAAAAGAGCAGCACGAGCCAAAGCGAUAGUACCGGCCGUUAUUGGACGGAGAUUGUGACGGAAAAGAAGUCUAUGUCUCGCCAAGAUAGGAGGGCUGGCCGUGUCACGGUAUGGCGACCUCAUCUCGAAAGCAUCACCGAAGGCUAACAUUUUUUUCCGGUGAUGGGGGUUUUUUUUUUUUUUUUUUUUUUUGGUACGUAAAUGGGUUUGGUAUUGCGUCUUGUGGAUAUAUUUGGAAUUUUAUUUUGGGUCUGCGAGUAAUAAUGGCAGAUUCUGAUUUAAAAAUUCAGUGUUCAUGAGGUCAUGAUCUGUUUUAUUCUCAAGAAAUCAAAGGAAAAAUUAAAAUCAUGGCUACGUAUAACAGAGAAGAGAGAAAAAUAAAAUGUUCGUAGAAAUACAAUUGUAUUUACACCAAGUUUGUAAUUAAGUAAAUAUGUGCUGCUUCUUCUUUUA